AUGGGGCGCGGCUUGCCGAGGGGGUGUGACCCACGCGGGGGCGUGGCUUACCACGGGGGGCGUGGCCUAGCAGAGGGGGGCGUGGCUUCUCACCUGCCCAAGGCAACGCAAUGCACGUCGUGGGCGGGGCCUGGCUCCUCCUGGUCCAAUGAGGCUCUGCUGUUCCACGAGAAGUGCGGAGCCCUGAUCAAGCUCAGCAACGGGCACAAGACGGCCGAGCGGCGCCGGCCCCUCGACGAGUUCAACAACGGCGUGGUGCUGACCAACAGGCCCCUCAGGGACGGGGAGAUGUUCGAGAUCCGCAUCGACAAGCUGGUGGACAAGUGGUCAGGGUCCAUCGAGAUUGGGGUCACUGCCCACAACCCCAACAGCCUGGAGUACCCUGCCACCAUGACCAACCUGCGCUCAGGUACCAUCAUGAUGAGUGGCUGUGGGAUCCUGACCAAUGGGAAGGGCACUCGGAGGGAGUACUGCGAGUUCAGCCUGGAUGAGCUGCAGGAAGGAGACCACAUUGGGCUGACCAGGAAGGCCAACAACGCUCUGCACUUCUACAUCAACGGCGUGGACCAAGGCGUGGCCACCACGCUGACGCCCCUGGUGGUGUACGGCGUGGUGGACCUCUACGGCAUGGCGGUGAAGGUGACCAUCGUCCACAACCACAACCCCAGCGACCGCCUGCGGCGCAACAACGCCAUCCUGCGGGCCCUCUCGCCCCAGGCCGCCCCGCCCGCCGCCCCGCCCGGCCCCGCCUCGCCGCCCCCGCCGCCCCCGCCCCCGCCGCCGCCCCCGCCCCCGCCCCCCCGGCUGCUCUUCCACCCCAACUGCGGCCAGAAGGCCGCGGUGGUCAACGAGGGCAGGACGGCCCUGCGGCCACACGCCACGGACGACUUCAACCACGGGGUGGCGCUGAGCUGCCGCCCGCUGCGCGACAACGAAGUCUUCCAGGUGCGGCUGGACAAGAUGGUGGAGAAGUGGGCAGGCUCCAUCGAGAUCGGCGUCACCACGCACGACCCGGCCUGCCUGCAGCUGCCCUCCACCAUGACCAACCUGCGCUCCGGCACCUGGAUGAUGACAGGCAACGGAGUGAUGCACAACGGCACCACGGUGCUGGACGAGUACGGCCACAACCUGGACCGCCUCAAGGCCGGGGACACGGUGGGGGUGGUGCGCCGCCCCGACGGCACCCUGCACUUCUUCGUCAACGGCGUGGCCCAGGGCCCGGCCGCCUGCAACGUCCCCCCGGGGGUCUACGCCGUCGUCGACCUCUACGGCCAGGCCGCCCAGGCCACCAUCCUGGAGGAGGGAGACCUUCCCUCGCUGCCGGCAGAGGGCUCGGAGGGGCCCAGCCCAGGCUCGCCCGAGGCGGGCGGGGCCGGGGGCGGGGCCGGGGGCGGGGCCGGGGAGCUGCGCUUCCACCGCCUGCACGGCUCCAACGCCCUGAUCACCAACGGGGGCCGCACCGCGCUGCGCCAGAACUGCCGCGCCGAGUUCAACGACGCCAUCGUCAUCUCCAACAGGGCGCUGAGGGACGGAGAGCUCUUCGAGAUCGUCAUCCAGAAGAUGGUCGACCGCUGGUCUGGCUCCAUCGAGGCUGGUGUCACUGCCAUCCGCCCUGAGGACCUGGAGUUCCCCAACACCAUGACCGACAUCGACUACGACACCUGGAUGCUGAGCGGCACUGCCAUCAUGCAGGACGGCAACACCCUGCGGAACAGCUACGGCUGCGACCUGGACUCGCUGGGCACGGGCGCCCGGAUCGGGAUGAUGAGGACGGCGCGGGGGGACCUGCGCUACUUCAUCAACGGCGCCGACCAGGGCGUGGCCUGCUCCGGGCUGCCCGCAGAGGUCUAUGCCGUGGUCGACCUCUAUGGGCAGUGCGUUCAGGUCUCCCUCACCGGCGCCACCUGCCCUGCCGACAACAGCCUGACCCCCGCGGGGGGGGCCGAGAAGAGCUGCCCCCUCCCCUCCCCAGCUCCCCCCGGGCCCUGCCAACGCUUCCAUGGUCGCUGCGGGCAGAACGUGGCCCUGGGGGCGGAGGGGCUGGGGGCAGCUCGGGUGGCAGGGUACUGCCACGGCCUGGUCUUCAGCCGCUCCCACCUCCGGCCCGGGGAGCUCUUUGAGGUGCGGAUCGAGGCCCUGGACGAGCGCUGGGCAGGGUCUGUCCGCUUGGGGUUGACUUCUCUGCCCCCCGGGCAGGGCCCCCCGGGGCCCCCAGCCCUCCCAGCCUCCUUACUGGACCUCCCAGCCCCUCCCAGCUGGGUGGUGGCCGGGGCUGAGGUGCGCAGGAACGGAGCCAUCACGCGCCACAACUACGGCGUCUCGCUCGACCGCCUGGCGGUUGGGAACCGCCUGGGGGUGAGGAGGGGCCCUGACGACUCCAUGCACUUGGUGGUGGAUGGAGAGGACAUGGGACCAGCAGCCACGGGUGUGGCCAAGAACGCCUUUGUGGCACUGGACCUGUACGGGAGGGUCACCGCCGUCUCCAUUGUCAGCGCCGGAGGGGGGGCGGGGCACGAAGGGGGCGGGGCCAGCCCUGCCCCUUCCCCUAGCCCCUCCCCUACUCCCAGCCCCUCCCCCACCACUGGGAGCCCUCCCACAGCCCCUCCCACCUUCCUGGGCUGCCACGGGAAGAACAUUUUGCUGUCCAACGGGAACCGGACGGCCACGCGGGUGGCCAGCUACAACCAGGGGCUGGUGCUGGUGGGGCAGCCCCUCCCCCCCGGCCGCCUCUUCCAGGUGCAGAUCGAUUCCCUCAACCCCCAGUGGAGCUCCUCCCUGGCGCUGGGGGUGACCGCAGCGCCCCCCGGCCGCUGCCCCCUGCCCGCCUGCGCCGCCGGCCUCAAGCGCUCCACCUGGACCCUGCAGCGCCAGAGCGUCUUCCACAACGGCAGGAAGAUCUCGGACAACUAUGGCCCCAACCUGGACUCGCUUCCGGCCGGGACGCUGCUGGGGCUGCUGCUGGACGCGGGGGGGAGGCUGCACCUCUACGUCAACGGCCGCGACCAGGGCGUGGCCGCGGGCGGGGUCCCCACCCCCUGCUACGUCCUGCUCGACCUCUACGGCCAGUGCCAGCAGGUGACGAUCGUCUCGGAUGGGCCAGAGCUGGGGGGGGGUCCCAGUGGGGACCCCAGGGCCAGGGGGGACAUGGAGAAAGCUGACGUGGUGGAUGGCAUGAAGGAGAAGCUGAGCUGGGGUCCCCCUCCCCCGCUGGGGGGUCCCCCCCCGAAGCCCUGUGAGUACCAAGCCCUCUGCAGCCGCUUCAAGGAGCUGCUGCUGCUGCCUGAUGCCUACUUCGCUCCAGACCCCCCCAGGGGGCGCUGUUUCUGUGUCACCUGCCUGGUCUCCUGCCAGGCCUCCAGGCACCAGGAAGCAGGAGGAGGAGGAGGCGGCGGGGGGGGAGGUCGUGAGCCGCCCCUCCCCCUCGGCUGGUGCCGCUUUAGCCUGCGGCCGAAGCCGAGGCUGGAGCCGGGGGGGGCGUGGCAGAAGUGGCCGACAGCCUAUCAGGGGACGAGCGCCGGCGCCGUCCGACCAACCCUGGACCGCGGAGAGCUGCUGCCUGGUCCUUGGUCUCUCCUGAUUGGCUCCUCCCGCAGUGCCCCCCCCAAUGGGGGCGGUCCCUUCCGAGCCAAUGGCUGCGCGGGGGCGGCGCCAGGCCCCGCCCGCCUCGUCCUAUCCCCUGCCCUGCGCUACGCUGCCCUCGAGCCAUUCGCCAGCAAAGUGCACUUCCGGGACCCCGGUUCCCAGCGAGCCCACGGGGCUCAGGUUGCCUUCGAGGUCUGCGUCCGGCCUGGCUCCUUCCGGGCCGGCCCCCCCUCCCUGCGCCCCCCCGAGGGCCUGGACCCCGCCGAGCUGGAGUGGGUCACCAAGGAGCCCGGGGCCACCGUCCUCUGCGGGCUGCUGGUCAGGGUCGAUUGACUGGGG